UAAACACCUGUUGUGUGGUUAUUCCAAGUAUUUGAUUUGAAGUACAUAGAGUGUACAAAUCGUACCAAAUGCAUAGUCCCAUUAAGGGCAGGAUUAAAACGGACAUGACGUAGUCCUGUUCGUAGAACGUGGUGUUUGACACGCAUUUAUUCGCAGGAUCAUAAAUCUCGGGUUGCGCCGGUGAGAUCCACGUCCGCACCACGGGUACAAGUUGAAAUUGACGCUCACUGAUCACAUCGUAUUAGUUACCUGUUGUGUUUUCGGUGGUUUAAGAAGCGUUUCAAGUUACGGAUUUCAGCUUUAAUAACCAUAUUUUUAGUGCUCAAAUCAUUAGGUAUGUCUUCUUGCUACUGUUGAGAUACAAUGCAGCCUUUUAGCUGAUUGAUACAGGCAGGAAAUAUGAAUGCAGGUAUAAAUCCUUAUUGAGUCUUUUCUUUUUAAGGCAAACUGAUGAGCGUGAAGCUUUCGACUAGCCGCCUGCGUACUGCGCCGGGAAUGGGAGACAGAUCGGGUUGUUAUCGUUGCGGGCAGGAAGGCCACUGGUCCAAAGAAUGCCCUCUUGACCAAAAUGGCUACCACGGUUCAGAGCCAAAGUCUGAUGGAUACGAUGCCUCGAGAUUUGGCGGGCGGGGUCGCAGCAGGGGUUAUCAUCCGGACUUCAGUGGCGAACCAGAUUACGGUGGCAGCUAUGCUCCUGUGCACGGUUUUUCCCGAGGUUCCGGUCACAGCAGCAACAUGGCAGGGUACAGAAGAGGUGCAGGCUAUGAGGGUGCAAUGAGGUAUGGGCCACACCCGGGGUAUGGUGUAAAUGCUGCUGCAGAACAUAGCAUGGCUCAGAUGUAUGGCGGCGAGGCAGCAUACAGGGGCAACGGCUCACUCUAUGGCGCGUUCCCAGCCUACCCGGUGCGACGGUCGCCUUACGAGGAAAGAGAUCCGUACGGGGUUGUGGACUACUACGAGAAGUACAGGGCCAAUACUUACGGAGGCAGUUAUUUCGAGGAACGCCGCGCUGUCCCCUUGCCUGCUCCAGCAGCGUCCUCCUCCACGGCUAUAAUGAGAGAGCGUCUGCCUCCCUCUAAUGUCAACCCAUACGAGCGCCCUCCCCUCCCUCCUCCACCAGCCCCAGUCUCUUCAUACUACGCACGUGACCGGAGUCCGAUUCGGAGAGUUGCUGCCGAAGCAGAUGGAUAUACAUAUGAGCGUUCGCGCCUUUCUCCGGUGACCGCCCUCCCAAGAAGUUCUACCUAUGAAAAUCCGCGGGAUCCCGGCGCGGAGCGGGCACGGUAUACAUACUAGUGCUUGUCCCAUGCAGUCAGGGCAGAGCUGAUUUACAGUAAGCAGGUAGGCUAGCCGAAGUGCCAUGUAAACGUCACACAGUGAAUCUCAUUGCUGUUGUUUGAAGCUAAAGUCAGCGCUCUGUAUGUGGGUGGGUGGGCACAGUAAGCAGAACAUUUAAGUCUAAAUGGUUGGAUACAUUCACAAUAUGCUUUGAUCUUCUUCCAGGUCCUAAUUCACACUCCAGUCCAAACAGUGGCUCAGUUUCCCAUCUCUCAUUGUCUUGUAACACGCUGUGGUAUAGCUGCAGUUAGCAAGUAUGUAAAAGCAGGUCCAGCCUGAUUCCUUACGUGACACUGCCACAACUGAAUUUUUGCCCUUCUGAAAAAAACAUACAUAGCCUGAACACAUUACAUUAGUGCAUGGUGCUUAUUGUAAAGGUGAGUCUUCUGUUAAUAGAACUUAAAGUGUAUUCAGCAGCUUCUAAUGUAUUAUGUGCGUUUAGUGUAUUUGUGUUAGUGGAAGUAUGCCUCAUAACUGCAGCGACGGCUAAACAAAUGUGAGUGCUUGAAGCCUGAAAACGAGGACCUUCUCUUCCUUCUCAUGGUUCCAUUUUUCUGUUCGGGAUCAGAUGAAAACAUUUGUGAAAUUAAGAUGGGAGAACUUUUUUUUUUUUCUUAAGCUACAUUGUGUUUGAUUUUUUUUUUCUUUUUCUUUUAUUGACAGUAGGAACAUUACUUAAAUUCCAUUGAUUUCCAUUGCUAUGAUAAAUAUGAGAUUCACAUGUUCAACCUGUAGUAGUAAAGCAUUGACCUCGGAACCUUUUUGUCUGUAUUGAUUUCUCACUAUUAGGUUAUAAUAAAAAAUCUGUCUAAA